AUGAGGGCGAGUGCGCUGCCCGCUCUGCUCACAGCGUUGCUAGCCGCGACGCUCAGCCAUGCCGAGAAGAGCAAGUUCUAUUAUAUGGACUCACUAUGCAAGGACCACUUCCUUCAGCGGCAGUACAGAAAACUGGACGGCGGUGUUCUCUGGUCUCGCAACGAGCGGAACUUGGACUGCACGGUGACCUUCCAAACGCACAGUAUCCUGCAGCGGUUCAUGCUGCACUUCGACCUGCUGCAGCUCGAUUGCAACGACCACCUGUAUGUGUAUGAUGGCGCACAUGCUACAACACCACCUAAGGCGGAUCUGUCAUGUCGCAACACCAAGCAGCAGGUGGGCGCCCUGUUCACGCGUAGCAACUUCGUGACCCUGAAAUACGUGACCGAUAACUGGGGCACCGAGACCAACGGGUUCAAAUUAGUCAUCACAGCCGUCAAAGACCCCAAACAUGGCUGCAAGGCAUUCAGGUGCAAGCAGCGAGAGUUCUGCGUAAGCGCAGACCUGAUGUGCGACGGCGUGGACCACUGCGCUGAUGGCUCCGAUGAGGACACGGCCGCACUCUGUCCCGAAAGUGGUGGUGUCGGUGUCGGCAGCACGUGGGUGGUGGCGGGUGGCAGCGGCGCCGCGCUGGUGGCGCUCCUAGCGGCGGUGCUCUGCUGCUACUGUCGCCGCCGCGCUGUAGCGCAGCGAACGCAUUUGCAAAUGCAACAGAUGGCGAGCAGCAACGGCGCGGGCAAGCCGGGCAGCUCGCCGGUCCGUGCGGGCGACACUCGCCUGCCGGGAAACUGGGCGCUCCCUGCGGGCCCGCGCGGGCACACGGCGCCGCGUCCGGGCCGCCUGCGGGCGCGGGCCCAGCGCUGA